UUGUCCACUAAGGUCUGGCAGGUCUGAUUGCCUCUUUUCAGGCACUGAGUGGUGGGGUAUGCCAUCCUCCCCUGCUGGAACCAGCCUUGGCCUGCCCUGUUAGUCAUCAAAAAUAGAUCUCACUAGGGAAUAAUCUUCUCAGGUUGUUGUGUAAUCUGAGUGAGCCAAGAUGGAGUCUCACUCUGUUGCCCAGGCUGGAGUGCAGUGGAUCAAUCUUAGCUCAUUGCAGCCUCCACCUUCUGGGUUCAAGCAAUUCUCCUGCCUCAGCCUCCUGUGUAGCUGGGAUUACAGAGUCUUGCUCCGUCGCCCAGGCUGGAGUGCAGUGGCAUGAUCUUGGCUUACUGCAAUCUCUGCCUCCCGGGUUCAAGGGAUUUUCCUGCCUUAGCCUCCUGAGUAGCUGGGAUUACAGGCUGGAGUGCAGUGGCGCGAUCUUGGCCCACUGCAACCUCUGCCUACUAGGUUCAAGCGAUUCUCCUGCCUCAGCCUCCCGAGUAGCUGGGAUUAUAGGACCAGAGGAGCGAGAGCAGCAAGAACCACACCCAGCAGCAAUGUCAGUGGAAGUGGAAACCUCAGAGGGGGUAGACGAGUCAGAGAAAAAGAACUCUGGGGCCUUAGAAAAGGAGAACCAAAUGAGAAUGGCUGACCUCUCGGAGCUCCUGAAGGAAGGGACCAAGGAAGCACACGACCGGGCAGAAAACACCCCGUUUGUCAAGGACUUCUUGAAAGGCAAUAUUAAGAAGGAGCUGUUUAAGCUGGCCACCACGGCACUUUACUUCACAUACUCAGCCCUCGAGGAGGAAAUGGAGCGCAACAAGGACCAUCCAGCCUUUGCCCCCUUGUACUUCCCCAUGGAGCUGCACCGGAAGGAGGCGCUGACCAAGGACAUGGAGUAUUUCUUUGGUGAAAACUGGGAGGAGCAGGUGCAGUGCCCCAAGGCUGCCCAAAAGUAUGUGGAGCGGAUCCACUACAUAGGGCAGAACAAGCCGGAGCUACUGGUGGCCCAUGCAUACACCCGCUACAUGGGGGACCUCUCGGGGGGCCAGGUGCUGAAGAAGGUGGCCCAGCGAGCACUGAAACUCCCCAGCACAGGGGAAGGGACCCAGUUCUAUCUGUUUGAGAAUGUGGACAAUGCCCAGCAGUUCAAGCAGCUCUACCGGGCCAGGAUGAACGCCCUGGACCUGAACAUGAAGACCAAAGAGGGGAUCGUGGAGGAGGCCAACAAGGCUUUUGAGUAUAACAUGCAGAUAUUCAAUGAACUGGACCAGGCCGGCUCCACGCUGGCCAGAGAGACCUUGGAGGAUGGGUUCCCUGUACACGAUGGGAAAGGAGACAUGCGUAAAUGCCCUUUCUACGCUGCUGAACAAGACAAAGGUGCCCUGGAGGGCAGCAGCUGUCCCUUCCGAACAGCCAUGGCUGUGCUGAGGAAGCCCAGCCUCCAGUUCAUCCUGGCCGCUGGCGUGGCCCUAGCUGCUGGACUCUUGGCCUGGUACUACAUGUGAAGGACCCAUCAUGCCACGCCGGUACCCUCCCGACUGACCACUGGCCUACCCCUUUCUCCAGCCCUGACUAAACUACCACCUCAGGUGGCUUUUUAAAAAAUGCUGGGUUUAAGAAAGGCAACCAAUAAAAGCCCGAUGCUAGAGCCUCUGCCUGACAGCAUCCUCUCUAUGGGCCACAUUCCGCACUGGGCACAGGCUGUCACCCUGGGAGCAGUCGGCACAGUGUAGCAGGCCUGGCCCCCGAGCCAGCUCUACUCCAGGCUUCCACACCUCUGGCUGCUUCCGGUAGUCCGUUUUUGCAGUACACGGGUGACUAUCUCCCCUGCUGGAGGUGAGUGGCCUGUAAGCCCAGGCUGUGGGAGGGGGCCUUGCUGGAUGCUGCUGUACAACUUCUGGGCCUCUCUUGGACCCUGGGAGUGAGGGUGGGUGUGGGUGGAAGCCUCAGAGGCCUUAGGAGCUCAUCCCUCUUACCCAGAAUCCCUCUAACGCCUGGGUGAGGUUUGCUCAGCCCCAGCUUGUCUCCUCCUCCACCCUGUGUAAAUGCUCCAGCACUCAAUAAAGUGGGCUUUGCAAGCU